ACUAUCACGAUUUACCUAUUAAUUUCUCACUUAGUCACAAUGAGACAACUGUUGGCAAUAGUCCUUGCUGUCAGUGCUUUGGCACUCGUUAUUGCCGAGAGAUGCAGUCACGUGGAUUCUUGUAAACUGACCAUCUGUCCUAACAAUUCCACACACCUGUCCUGUCAUAACAGUCACUGUACCUGUGACGCUUCUCAGACAUGCAGCGACAUACUGGACUGUGCAGCGAUUGGUCGUUGUCAUGACAGCAAGUCCCAUUAUCACUGUGUGGAGAGUGUGUGUAAAUGUAUCCCCGACUACAUUGGAAAAUAAAAAUACU